AUGGGCUUUGUGAGGCAGAUCCAGCUUUUGCUCUGGAAGAACUGGACCCUGCGUAAAAGACAAAAGGUUCGCUUUGUGGUGGAACUCACCUGGCCUUUAUCUUUAUUUCUGGUCUUGAUCUGGUUAAGGAAUGUGAACCCACUCUACAGCAAACAUGAAUGCCAUUUUCCCAACAAGGCGAUGCCCUCAGCAGGAAUUUUGCCAUGGCUCCAGGGAAUUUUCUGCAAUGCGAACAAUCCUUGUUUUAAAAGUCCCACCCCGGCAGAAUCUCCUGGAAUUGUGUCAAACUAUAACAACUCCAUCUUGGCAAGAGUGUAUCGCGAUUUUCACGAACUCCUCGUGGAUGCACCAGAGAGCCAGCAGCUUGGCCGUGUUUGGACAGAGCUUCGCACCUUAUCCCAACUCAUGGACACCCUCCGAACUCACCCAGAGAAAAUUGCAGGCAGAGGAAUACGAAUUCAGGAUGUCCUAAAAGAUGAAGAAACACUGACACUAUUUCUCACGAAAAACAUUGGCCUGUCUGACUCAGUUGUCCACCUUCUGGUCAACUCCCUGGUCCGACCGGAGCAGUUUGCUCACGGAGUCCCAGACCUGGUGCUGAAGGAUGUGGCCUGCAGCGAAGCCCUCCUGCGGCGUUUCCUAAUCUUCAGCCAGCGCCGAGGGGCACAAACAGUCCGUGAGGCCACCUGCUCCCUCUCCCAGGGCGCCCUACAGUGGAUGGAAGACACAUUCUACGCCAACGUGGACUUCUUCAAACUCUUCCGUGUGCUCCCUACACUCCUAGACAGCAGUUCUCAAGGUGUCGAUCUGAGAUCCUGGGGAAAAACAUUAUCUGAUAUGUCACCAAGAAUUCAAGAGUUCAUCCAUCGACCGAGUGUUCAAGACUUGCUGUGGGUGACCAGGCGCCUCAUGCAGACUGGUGGUCCAGAGACCUUCACUCAGCUGACUGAUGUCCUGUCUGACCUCUUGUGUGGCUACCCAGAGGGAGGUGGCUCUCGGGUGUUUUCUUUCAACUGGUACGAAGACAAUAAUUAUAAGGCCUUCCUGGGGAUUGACUCCACGAGGAAAGAUCCUAUCUAUUCUUAUGACAAAAGAACAACGAGCUUUUGUAAUGCACUGAUCCAGAGCCUGGAGUCCGACCCUCUAAUCAAAAUAGCUUGGAGGGCAGCAAAGCCGCUGCUGAUGGGAAAAAUCCUCUUCACUCCGGAUUCUCCUGCCACACGCAGGAUCCUGAAGAAUGCCAACUUGACUUUUGAAGAGCUGGAGCGCGUUAGGAAGUUGGUCAAAGCCUGGGAAGAAGUGGGGCCCCAGGUCCGCUACUUCUUUGAGGAGAGCACUCAGAUGGCCGUGAUCCGAGACACCCUGGCGAACCCAACAGUAAAAGGCUUUUGGAAUAAGCAGUUUGGUGAAGAAGGCAUUACUGCCGAAGCUGUGCUGAACUUCCUCUACAAGGGUGCUCCAGAGAGCCAGGCUGAUGACGUGGCCAGCUUCAACUGGAGAGACAUAUUUAACGUCACUGAUCGUGCCCUGCGCCUGGCUAAUCAAUACCUGGAGUGCUUAAUCCUGGACAAGUUUGAAAGCUACGAUGAUGAAAAUCAGCUCACAAAACGAGCCCUGUCUCUGCUGGAGGAAAACAGGUUCUGGGCUGGCGUGGUGUUCCCGGACAUGUAUCCCUGGACCAGCUCCCCACCACCUCAUGUGAAGUACAAGAUCCGGAUGGACAUAGAUGUAGUGGAGAAAACCAAUAAGAUCAAAGACAGGUACUGGGAUUCUGGCCCCCGAGCCGAUCCUGUGGAAGAUUUCCGAUACAUCUGGGGAGGGUUUGCCUACCUGCAGGACAUGAUUGAACAGGGCAUCACGAGGAGUCAGGCCCAGGCUGAGGUUCCGGUAGGAAUCUACCUGCAGCAGAUGCCUUACCCGUGCUUCGUGGAUGACUCUUUCAUGAUCAUCCUGAACCGCUGUUUCCCUAUCUUUAUGGUGCUGGCCUGGGUCUAUUCUGUUUCCAUGACUGUAAAGAGCAUCGUCUUGGAGAAGGAGUUGAGACUGAAGGAAACCUUGAAAAAUCAGGGUGUCUCCAACACAGUGAUCUGGUGUACCUGGUUCCUGGACAGCUUCUCCAUCAUGUCAAUGAGCAUCUUCCUCCUGACAAUAUUCAUCACGCAUGGAAGGAUCCUACAUUACAGCGAUCCAUUCAUCCUCUUCCUGUUCCUGUUGGCUUUCUCUACGGCGACGAUCAUGCAGUGCUUCCUGCUCAGCACCUUCUUCUCCAGGGCCAGCCUGGCCGCAGCCUGUAGUGGGGUCAUCUACUUCACCCUCUACCUGCCUCACAUCCUCUGCUUCGCCUGGCAGGACCGGAUGACGGCCGACCUGAAGAUGGCUGUGAGCCUGCUGUCUCCUGUGGCAUUUGGGUUUGGCACUGAGUACCUGGCCCGCUUUGAGGAGCAAGGCCUGGGGCUGCAGUGGAGCAAUAUCGGGAACAGUCCGGUGGAAGGGGAUGAAUUCAGUUUCCUGAUGUCCAUGAAGAUGAUGCUUCUCGACGCUGCUCUGUAUGGCUUGCUUGCCUGGUACCUUGACCAGGUGUUUCCUGGGGACUAUGGAACCCCACUUCCUUGGUACUUCCUUCUACAAGAGUCCUAUUGGCUUGGUGGUGAAGGGUGUUCAACCAGAGAAGAAAGGGCCUUGGAAAAGACGGAACCCAUAACAGAGGAAAUGGAAGACCCGGAACACCCAGAAGGAAUAAAUGACUCCUUCUUUGAACGUGAGCUGCCAGGCUUGGUCCCCGGGGUGUGUGUGAAGAACCUGGUGAAGAUCUUUGAGCCCCACGGCCGGCCCGCUGUGGACCGGCUCAACAUCACCUUCUAUGAGAACCAGAUCACCGCCUUCCUCGGUCACAAUGGCGCAGGGAAAACCACCACCCUGUCCAUCCUGACGGGUCUGUUGCCGCCAACAUCCGGGACUGUGCUCAUUGGGGGGAAGGACAUAGAAAACAGCCUGGAUGCAGUCCGGCAGAGCCUCGGCAUGUGUCCCCAGCACAACAUCUUGUUCCACCACCUCACAGUGGCUGAGCACAUCCUGUUCUAUGCCCAGCUGAAGGGGAGGUCCUGGGAAGAGGCCCAGCUGGAGACGGAGGCCAUGCUGGAGGACACAGGCCUCCACCACAAGAGGAAUGAAGAGGCUCAGGAUCUGUCAGGUGGCAUGCAGAGGAAGCUGUCUGUUGCCAUUGCCUUCGUGGGAGAUGCCAAGGUGGUCAUUCUGGAUGAGCCCACCUCUGGGGUGGACCCCUACUCAAGACGCUCAAUCUGGGACCUGCUCCUGAAGUAUCGCUCAGGCAGGACCAUCAUCAUGUCCACGCACCACAUGGACGAGGCCGACCUCCUUGGGGACCGCAUCGCCAUCAUUUCCCAGGGCAGGCUCUACUGCUCGGGCACCCCACUCUUCCUGAAGAGCUGCUUUGGCACCGGCUUCUACUUAACCGUGGUGCGCAAGAUGAAAAACACCCAGAGCCGGAGAUCAGGCUGUGAGGGGACCUGCAGCUGUGCAUCUCAGGGUUUCUCCAUCAGGUGUCCAGCUCCUGGAGAUGAGAUAACUCCAGAACAAGUCUUGGAUGGAGAUGUGAAUGAGCUGACAGAUAUGGUUCGCCACCAUGUUCCAGAGGCAAAGCUGGUGGAAUGCAUUGGUCAAGAACUGAUCUUCCUUCUUCCGAAUAAGAACUUCAAGCAGAGGGCAUAUGCCAGCCUUUUCAGAGAACUGGAGGAGUCGCUGGCUGACCUGGGUCUCAGUAGUUUUGGAAUUUCUGACACUCCCCUGGAAGAGGUAUUUCUGAAGGUCACAGAGGACUCUGAUUCAGGACCUCUGUUCACUGGCAGCACUCAGCAGAGAAGAGAAGCCAUCAGCCUGCGACACCCCUGCUUGGGUCCUAGCAAGAAGGGUCCUAGCAAGGAGGUCAUACAGACUCCCCAGGGCUCCCACAGUGACUCUGUGCAGCAGGCCCCUCCUGCUGAGGGUCGGCCUUCACCAGCGGAACAGGGUGGCCAGCUUAACACGGGAGCACGCCUCAUCACCCAGCACGUGCAGGCGCUGCUGGUCAAGCGAUUCCACCAUGCUGUCCGCAGCCACAAGGACUUCCUGGCCCAGAUUGUGCUCCCAGCCACUUUUGUGUUUCUGGCUCUGAUGCUUUCCAUCAUCGUCCCUCCUUUUGGGGAAUAUCCUGCUUUGACCCUUCACCCCUGGAUGUACGGGCAGCAGUACACCUUCUUCAGCAUGGACCAGCCGGGCAGCGAGCGGCUCGCAGCACUUGCAGACGUCCUCCUGAACAAGCCAGGCUUUGGCAACCGCUGCCUAAAGGAAGAGCGGCUCCCGGAGUUCCCCUGUGGCAACUCAACCCCCUGGAAGAUUCCCUCUGUGUCGCCGAAUGUCGCCCACCUGUUCCAGAAGCAGAAGUGGACCCCAGACCACCCCUCGCCUUCCUGCAGAUGCAGCACCAGAGAGAAGCUCACCAUGCUCCCCGAGUGCCCUGAGGGUGCCGGGGGGUUCCCGCCCCCUCAGAGAGUGCAGAGCAGCACCGAAAUCCUACAAGACCUUACAGACCGGAACAUCUCCGACUUCCUAGUGAAAACGUAUCCUGCGCUAAUACGAAGCAGCUUAAAGAACAAAUUCUGGGUCAACGAACAGAGAUACGGAGGGAUUUCCAUUGGAGGGAAGCUCUCGGUUCUCCCCAUCGCUGGGGAAGCGCUUGUGGAAUUUCUGAGUGACCUUGGCCAGAUAAUGAAUGUGAGCGGGGGCCCUAUCACCAGAGAGGCCUCUAAAGAAAUGCCUGCUUUCCUUAAACAUCUAGAAACCGAAGACAACCUUAAGGUGUGGUUUAACAACAAAGGCUGGCACGCCGCGGUCAGCUUCCUCAACGUGGCCCACAAUGCCAUCCUGAGAGCCAGCCUGCACCGGGACAGGAACCCGGAGGAGUAUGGCAUCACUGUCAUCAGCCAGCCCCUGAACCUGACCAAGGAGCAGCUCUCCGAGAUUACCGUGCUGACCUCUUCUGUGGAUGCCGUGGUUGCUAUCUGUGUUAUUUUUGCCAUGUCCUUCGUCCCAGCCAGCUUUGUCCUUUAUCUGAUCCAAGAGAGAGUGAACAAAGCCAAGCACCUCCAGUUUGUCAGUGGAGUGAGCCCUACCACUUACUGGCUGACCAACUUCCUCUGGGACAUUAUAAAUUAUGCUGUGAGCGCAGCCCUAGUGGUGGGCAUCUUCAUCGGGUUUCAGAAGAAAGCCUACACUUCUCCAAACAAUCUUCCUGCCCUUGUCGCAUUGCUCAUGCUGUACGGAUGGGCAGUCAUUCCCAUGAUGUACCCAGCAUCCUUCCUGUUUGACGUCCCCAGCACAGCCUAUGUGGCCUUGUCUUGUGCCAACCUGUUCAUCGGCAUCAACAGCAGUGCCAUCACCUUCAUCUUGGAAUUAUUUGAGAAUAACCAGACGCUGCUCAGAUUCAAUGCUGUGCUGAGGAAGCUGCUCAUCGUCUUCCCCCACUUCUGCCUGGGCCGGGGCCUCAUCGACCUGGCGCUGAGCCAGGCUGUGACAGACGUCUAUGCCCGGUUUGGUGAGGAGAACUCUUCAAAUCCAUUCCAAUGGGACCUUAUUGGGAAGAACCUGGUUGCCCUGGCUGCAGAAGGGGUAGUGUACUUCCUCCUGACGCUCCUCAUCCAGCACCACUUCUUCCUCACCCGAUGGAUGGCCGAGCCCACUAGGGAACCCGUUAUGGAUGAAGAUGAUGAUGUGGCUGAAGAAAGACAAAGAGUUGCUAGUGGGGGAAAUAAAAGUGAUAUUCUAAGUCUAAAUGAACUAACCAAGGUGUAUUCAGGCACUUCCAGCCCCGCGGUGGACAGGCUGUGUGUGGGAGUCCGCCCUGGAGAGUGCUUCGGCCUCCUGGGAGUGAACGGAGCUGGCAAAACAACCACUUUCCGGAUGCUCACUGGGGACACCACAGUAACCUCAGGCGAUGCAACUGUAGCAGGCAAGAGUAUCUUAACCAAUAUUUCUGAUGUCCAUCAAAACAUGGGCUACUGUCCUCAGUUUGACGCAAUUGAUGAGCUACUCACAGGGCGAGAGCAUCUUUACCUUUAUGCCCGGCUUCGAGGUGUACCAGCAGAGGAAAUCGAGAGGGUGGCAAACCGGAGUAUUCAGAGCCUGGGCCUGUCUCUCUACGCGGACCGCCUGGCUGGCACCUACAGUGGGGGCAAUAAGCGGAAACUCUCCACAGCCAUCGCCCUGAUCGGCUGCCCACCGCUGGUGCUGCUGGAUGAGCCCACCACAGGCAUGGACCCCCAGGCACGCCGCAUGCUGUGGAACACCAUCAUGAGCAUCAUCAGAGAAGGGAGGGCCGUGGUCCUCACAUCGCACAGCAUGGAAGAAUGUGAGGCCCUGUGUACCCGGCUGGCCAUCAUGGUGAAGGGCACCUUUCAGUGUCUAGGCACUAUUCAGCACCUCAAGUACAAGUUUGGGGAUGGCUACAUCGUCACAAUGAAGAUCAAGUCCCCGAAGGACGACUUGCUCCCAGACCUGAACCCCGUGGAGCAGUUCUUCCAGGGGAACUUCCCGGGCAGCGUGCAGAGGGAGCGGCACUACAACAUGCUCCAGUUCCAGGUCCCGUCCUCCUCCCUGGCCAGGAUCUUCCGGCUGCUCAUCUCCCACAAGGACAGCCUGCUCAUCGAGGAGUAUUCGGUCACACAGACCACACUGGACCAGGUAUUUGUGAACUUUGCUAAACAGCAGACUGAAACUCACGACAUCCCUUUGCACCCCCGCGCCGCUGGAGCCAGCAGACAAGCCAAGGUCUGAUCUCCUUCCACACUGCUCGCUCGCUGCAGCCAGAAGUGAACUCCGGGCAGUGGGAAGUGCAGGAGCCUUUGCCGUGUGGUCAUCCAGUCCAAGCAGCCCGCAUAAGUGAAGCCCUGGCGCAGAGUCACACACACGUGGGUCACUCGGAAAACGCCAAAGGGGCUUUUCCAGGAGGAAGCCGACGCUGACUGGUUUGCCUGGGACACCUGAUGGUGAAACUGGCCACCAAAUGAAUGCAAAGCCCUUUUCAUCCAGACCACAGAAGUAGAAGUCCCAAUUCAUCCUACCGGUAGCUUUGCUCUCGAUAUCAUUCUCACUUGAGUGGACCUGCUUUUCUCUGUGUGUAUGUGUGUCUGUUUUAUUUUUUAAAAUAAAAUAACAUGCAAACACAGUUAUCACACACUAGCCAGUGUGCACCAUCUGGUACUGUUUCAGACAUGAUCUGUGCCCGUGCAGCUUCCUGUCCUUGCUCGAGCUUCCGUGAGAGUGAUUGCCGCAGAGGUGCCAGUCACAGCAAUAUUCUGCCCCUCUGGGGUGGGAGUGAAUGGACUAGUCUUGAUGUUGCGUGCCAAGUCUGCUUUAUAGGGUCUGAAGAAAACGCCCAGUUGGCACUGCAUGUGAACAUUGUCCAUUGUUAAUUGGGUGUUAUUUGAACCUAGGUUUCACAUCUGUUUGCUCAGCUUAUUUGAGUGCCUACCUCAUAGGUAUAAUUAAGACAGGAGAAGAGGCAAGGACAGGUGAGAGUGGAUCUUUGAUUGGGUAUGAGAUCCAACAUGUCUUUGUAACUCUUUAAAGAUGCCAGGCCUCAUUCGUACAGAGCCGUGCCUUCCCCACAGUGCUGACGUGUGUACCUUCUGCAGUGACAAUAUGGAGCAGUGGUUCACAGGAUAGCUCAUUGUUCACAUAAAAGCUCAUCAAGAAUCAAAAAACAAUGGUUUUGAACCAAACCAUUUCAAAUGGCUCGUGGACAAGGAGAACUGAUGGACUCUCUGGCCAAGACAGUGCCCUCUCCACAUGCCACAGACGGGCUUCCGGGUUCCAACACGCUCUGGAGCAGUGCCUCCGAAGCACGUUGUACCACGGCUGUACUCCAGGGCCCGGGGUGGGGGCAGGGCAGGAGAGGGGAGAGGGAGGGAAAGCUGCUGAGACCCAAUACCUGCACCUGAGAAGGGGACAUGGCAGAAAGUGAGCACAAGGUGCUGGCAUUUCCCUGAGGAAGGAGAGCGCUGUCUUUCUCCGGAGACAGACGGAAGGCCAGGGCUACACAGUUUUUACUCCCGCAUAGCUAGUGGCUGGCUGCUUUGUAAAUAACUAGAGAGUAUGCAAAACUAGUAGCCUCAGAGCUUAAUUUUGUUUUGACUUAAAAAAAAUACCUAUCAAUGACCAAAACCAUUUUAACUAGAGUCGGAAGAGGGUUUAGGAAAGCUCAGGAGGGGGCUAUUGAUACUCAGCAUAAUGCUAUUACAUCCUGGCUGGUUUGGGAAUUUAAAUUUGUAACUACAACAUCACAGGGACACAGGCAAAGCAGGGAGCGGGGUCCACUGUCAUUCUUGGCAUGGUGGGUUGUGAGGGUUCAGAGAGGCAUCAUGGACUGGAAAGAGCCAGGUACGGGUGAUGUCUCACCCUGCCUUUGGGAGGAAAGCUCAGUUUUGCUGUCUGUCCCCACUACACGUGGGCUCUCCAAUAGCAAGGUCUGUGUCCUUUUUUGUCAUUUCCCCCGGCUCCUGCCACACAGAAAACAUUCAACAAACACCAAGUUCAGCACUAUAAAAAUCCAGCAAAAAAUAUACAGAAAAGAAGUAGGUCCGAUAAAAUGAUGCCUUCAAAAAGCCCAAGACAGUGGUGAACUGCAAGCGGAGCCUCAGCAAUGUCAUGCUUUAAAAAUUCACAGUCCAAAGCAUAAGCAGGGAAAAAAUCAAGGAGGAGGAGGCCAUUUGCUUGGGUUUGAGGAGUAUUCAAGUUGGAAGACUGGCCCAAAUCUCCUCAGAACAGGCUAGUCUAUUAAAAGACCUCCCAAUCUGUUUCAAUAAUGGAGAUUCACAAAGAAGAGGAGGGAGAAAUGGAGUCAAUUCAGAAAAUAAGACCACUCAGAGGAUGUUCCAGAAAUAUGGCUUGCUGUUAGGUUUUCUAAGCUUCUGGUUCUUCUUCGGGGAGUUCAAGGUUUUGGAAUAGCUAGAAUCAAAAGAGAAUAUCUUGCCAUGACCGAUGUGGGUCAGAUGGAGCAUCAUCCUGCUACCAAAAGGUGCAGGUUCAUUCAUGGUUGGGGCACAUACCUGGGUUGCAGGUUUGACCCCCCGGUCCAG